CAUCCAAAAUGAUAGGAUAAGGUAACAAGAAACAAGAGCACUACUGAACCAGUGGAGUCCCUUUUCUCUCUCUCCCCACUCAUCUUCUACAAUGGAAGCGACUCUCUUCACAUUCCCCUCCUCCAAACCACCACCACCCUCCUCCCAAGCCCUAACCCUAAAAUCCCAUUUCAAAAACCCCCUUCUCACCACCAUCAUCACCGCCAAUCCCAACCACCGUAAACCACCACCAACAUCAAUCCGAGCCGCCAUUAGCCGAACCAAGAAAGAAGAGACCGUCGAGAACGUCAAACAACAGCUCCAAGACUGCCAACUCGUCGCCGGCAUCAAAUACAAGGGUUUCACAGUGAAGCAAUUCCAAGAACUCCGAACCGCGUUACCCGAAACCACAAAGCUCAUUGUCGCCAAGAACACAUUGGUCUACAAAGCCAUCGAAGGCACCGAAUGGGAGGCACUCAAACCCUGUAUGAAGGGCAUGAACGCCUGGUUGUUUGUCCAUAGUGAGGAAAUUCCAGCAGCGCUCAAGCCCUACCGGAGUUUCCAGACGGAGAGGAAAUUGCUGGACAAUGAUUUUGCUGGGGCGGUGUUUGAGGGAAAGUAUUAUGGGCCAGAGGAGUUCAAGGCGCUCGAGACCAUGCCGACCCGGGCCGAGGUUUAUGCCAAGCUCUUGGGGGGGUUGAAGGGUCCGGCGUCGGCCGUGGUGGGGACGUUGCAGGCUCCGGCGAGGAAUUUGGUGAUGGUGUUGAAGGCUUAUGUGAAGAAAUUGGAAGAGAGUGGUGGGCAAUAGUAGAUGGGGACUACUGCUUAAGAAUGCUGUAAGUGUAUCUGGUUGUGUUGUUUUUCAUUAAUUUACAAGGCUGAAAAAGUUGUGGAAUUUUGUAAAAUUGAUGUGUUUUUGUUGCUGAUAUUGAUUUAUAUUCCACAUUUAUGGAUAAAAUGGUAGUAAUCUUUCAAUGCAAAUCUGACACUUGUAGUA